AUGACGGAAUUGCAGGGUAAAGUAGCCGUUGUAACAGGUGGCUCGCGCGGUAUCGGACGCGCCAUCGCGCUGGCCUUGGGCGGUGCCGGCGCGCGCGUCGCCGUUACCUGCACGCAGCAGCAUCAGGCGGCCGAGGAGGUGGCAGCGGCCCUGAAAGACAUGGGUGGUGAAGGGCGUGUGUAUCAGUUCGAUAUUGCUGACUUUGAGGCCACGUCGCAGGCUUUUGACCGGAUCGGCAGCGAUUUCGGCGGCCUCGAUGUGUUGGUGAGCAAUGCCGGUGUCACGCGCGACCAACUCCUGGUGCGCAUGAAACUGGCGGAGUGGGAUAUCGUUCUGCAAACCAAUCUGUCGGGGACGUUCAACUGCAAUCGCGCCGCGGCGCGAACCAUGUUGCGUCAGCGCUCCGGGCGUAUCAUCAACAUCACCUCGGUCGCCGGGCUGACGGGCAACCCCGGCCAAACCAAUUACGCGGCUUCCAAGGCCGGCAUCGUAGGGUUCACCAAGGCAUUGGCCAAAGAGUUGGCGCCGCGUAACGUCACGGUCAACGCGGUGGCGCCGGGGUUCAUUGAUACCGACAUGACGCAAGUGCUGCCUGACGCGCAACGGCAGGCGGUGUUACAGCAGAUUCCGGCAGCGCGCUUCGGCACCCGGAAGACGUUGCGGCGUGUGUGCUCUUUCUUUCUUCCGAGGGUGCGCAGUAUAUUACUGGGGAGGUUAUUCGGGUAA